UGUAUUUUGCCCAGGCGCCAUCGUUGCCCUCAUAGGCCCACAAGGAUUUAUGAUAACGGACAACAGCUGUGCCUCACAACAGAAUAUGUGGAAAAAUACCCCAAGUAUAGCAACAUCUCUCCUGCCCGGAGCCUUAAGCCAAAACAAGAGUACCAAGCACAUCGUGGGAAAAUGGAAGGAAUUACAACAUUUAAAUCUGAUUAUUUACCAUACGAUAUUGUGAAACGACCGUUUCGGGUACAAGAAGAAUAUAAACCAAAGACUGGAGAGCUAGAACUUGGAACCACAUACAAGAACGAUUAUUAUGCUCAUGAAAUACAACCGGUGACAUUAGUAAGACCUUUAGAGAGAAAACACAUUACAGGAGGAAAAUUGGAUACCAUACCGACCUAUCAAGAUGACUAUAGGUCAUGGGAAGUUCAAAGAAGGGAAGCUGUUAAAGUGGAUCAUGUCUACCACCCACCUACAGAGAAAUUUGGAAAUCCUACUACUUUUCAAGAUGACUUUGUUCCUAGGGAACUGAAUCCUAGACAAAGUUUCAAACCCCUGUGUGUGCCCAGACUUUCAGAUGUGCCUUUUGAUAGCACUACAAGUCAUCGCAUUUCUUAUGUUGCUCAUCAUCUGGAACCAAAGUUUGUAAAAUCAAAAGAAGAGUACAAGCCAAGCAGCCAACCUUUUGAAGAUCUCACAACUCACCGGAAUGAUUUUAAAGGGCUACCUGGGCCACUUGCAAGAAGCUGCAAGCCUGAAAAUGCAAAAGUCCAAUCCAGUGAUCAUUUUAGUGGGGUCACUGAAUUCCAGGAUCGUUUUCAGCCCUGGCUGGUCUCCUUGCCUGAGGCACGCAAAUCAAAAGAGUACAUUCCUCCCCAGGGUAACAUGGACUUUAACUCCACAAGCCACCUUCAUUAUGUUAAACAUGAGAUUUCUCCUGCUAUCCCUAUAAGGCCGAUUUCUAAUGCAAGAAGAACCAGUGCCCCUUUCCAAGGGAAUACUACUAUGAAGGAAGACUUUAAGGCUUGGGCCAGCUCCCGGCGAGAAAUUAUUAAGAAACAACAGGAAAUUCCAAAACCCACAGGAAAAUUCUAUGAUUUAACUACAUUCAAAUCUCAUUACAUACCACAUCACAUCGUUCCAGCCCAAAGUUUCAAACCUGUGCGCGUCGUUCUUCCUAAUUCGGCUCAUUUUCAGGAUGAAACUAUGUAUCGCACAGAAUAUACUCCAAAGAAACAAGAAAUCUGCCCAGCAAAUUACACAUCCCCUCCAGGUUAUAUCUAUGUAAACACAGAUUCUCAUGGUCAUAAGUUCUUCCGCCAGCUCAUUCCAGAGUUUUCUGAGUUAAAUAGCAAUCAUGUUCCAAAGGAAGUAGCUGUUGUGUCAUAAUACUUACAUCGCAAGCAUCCUAGUGAAAUACCUGGAAUGCUACCAGUUUUUUCUUUCUUCAAACUACAUCAAAACAACCUAAAUAAUGCAGAUUUUGAUUUGAAAAGCAUUUAGACUGAUAGCUGAAGGAAAAUCAAGUCAAACCAAAAGAUUAUCGAAAUACUUCUGGAGAUUUGUCUGUUUUUGUAGGAGUAAUCUUACAUGGAAUCAAGUCUUUCUUGAUUGUGGAAUUCCAGGUUCCUUGACUUCCCAGAUUUCAUUCCAUUCCCUCUCAAACCUACUUUCCCAUUUUUUAAUGAUUUUCUGCAAGUCAAAUCAUUGUAGUUGCAUUUUUUAAAUAGUAGUUUGCUUUUCAGAAUAAUCAAAUAAAAUGUUGAAUAAUAACAUGAUAUCCCAGUUCUUCAUCUCAUCAAUACGUUGAGUGAUCUGAUAAGAGCUUUAUUUUUCUUUAUAGUUUGUUGGCCAAGUUAUGUUGGGCAUUUCUAGAUAUUCCUUUAAAAAAAUGGGUUUUGUUUUGUCAUGAUUGCUUCUCCUACAUCCAAUUCUGAAUCUAAAUGUCCCACUGUAAUUUCUGACAGUGAUUAACAAGAACUAACCUUGCUCUUUCUGUACAUAUACUUGAAAUCAGCGACUCAAAGCGGGCCAUUAGACUCCUUUUCCUAAUUUUCCAGAUAAAAGCUUUGGAUACACUUUGACACACUGUCUCCUUCCCACAUCAGUCAUUUUUUAAGCUGUUGUGCAAACUGAAUUUCUCAACAAGAUUUCGCAGAUGAUUGUUAUUCAACUUAAAAAUGCAAAUAGUGAGAAAGAAAAGUGAAUAAGUCUCAAAAAGUUAGUGCCAACUCACAGCAAUUUUGGAUUCUGCUGAUACCUAAGCUAAACAGCCUUUUAUCAUUGCCAAAGCUCAUUGCGGAGGCAAUCUGAAGAGAAAAAGGGCAGAAAAAAAAGUGUACAUGGAGUAAAAAAAAAAAUAGUGCAAACCCAGUUAAAAAAAGAAGCAGCAUUGAGAUGUGCAACUGAGAUCCUGGUUUCACACAGCUCACUCUUCAAAAGUCACUUGCAACAAAUACAUAAAAACAACUUUCUUUAAAAUCAUACAUGAAAUUAUUAUGCUUCUAUAUGAGACAUUUAACUUUCUCCCCAGGUAUCUUUACCUGUUUUUAGUUAAUCCAACAAUCAGCGUGGGUAUAGGAAAAAAUCAUCUGGCUUCUGAAUAACUACGUGCUAAUAUUUCAUAAAGCACAUCAGCCGUCAGUGGGCUAAGAUUAAUGAUGAGAAGAUACUGAAAACAGGAACUGGAUCUUAUGUACAGAGGAAACCUGAACUGAGUGCAUUAAAGCAUCAGUUAUUGAUAGGUAAUUUGCAGUGUGUGUUUGUAAUAUCAUUUAAUCCGUUAAGGAAAUGGUAAUUCAAUUAAACUUUUCUUGCUGAAGACUAUUCAUUUCCCCAGCUGGCAAAGACAUACUUUGGAUGGGGGAUGAGUAAUGAGCAGUGAAACAGGGAUGCCUGAAAAGAAGGACAGAACAAUGACCAAUUUGUUUUCAUCCUGUACCACAGAAGAAAACAACUUAUAGAUACUCCUCUUCAUGAAACUUCACUCAUUCUCUUUUUAUCCACAGCUAAAGUCAAAACAUCCCACCUACCUGACAGCACAUCUUAUACCUAAUUAAUAACACACAUACACAUUAUACAUACCACAUGUGACAUUUACAGAAAUCCCUAACAUCCUCCCAGUCCUCUUUUCUAGGAAAGAAAAAAGAAUCCCCAAAAAUGCAUCCUGAACCCACAUAGUUAUACGUGCCUGCAUGUUCUACUGGUAGCAGCUCCUCCUCAGGUCUGUAAGCAAGCCCCAGGUGCAUUGUGUAACUUUCACAGCUGGUUUUGCAGUACUUAAGUAAUCUAUUCUUUUCCUCCUUAAUUUGUGGGAAGUCAUUUGCUGCCACCUACCAGCAUAGCACAGAGAAAUUUUGAGAGCAAAUGGAGGGCGCAUUCAGGUACAUUUAAGAGCUCCUGUACAGAUGUGUAUGAUAACUUCUUUGGUUGAAGGAGAUAUAUUCUAGUUUUACCCUUUAAUUUCCCCCCCUUAAAUUUCAAAGUAUAAGAAAGUACCCUUAUUACAUUACAGUAGAAAGACCACACCCUGAAGAUUAUACUUCCAAGAAAAACAUAAAAUGAUAUUAUAAACCUUCAGACACUGUCCAAAUACUUAAGGUCAACUUCUUCAUAAGCAAGGUAUUAUCAAAAUACACACAAAAUACACACAAAAUAAACAUCAGGCUGGAAAACUAAUGUUUCUCAAGAAAUAGUUGUUAAGAGAGUAUUUUAUGAUAUCAUGCUAACGCGUAUAAGUGGAAGUUACUUGUGGAUUCAAUAGCUGUUCUAGAAGUGUUUAUGCUACACAGUAUUUGUUUUUUCUCUUUUGAAGACUAUAAAGAAAGAGUUAGCGAAAAAAUAAAAUCAAAUGAAGUCGUGCCCCUUUGCAAGUGCUACAAUCCAGGAAAACUCUAAAAUACCAUUUUCAGGCAUUUUCAACUUACAAAAAUUAUGGAACCAUAACACGAUGGGAAGUGCAGCAACAACAGCAGAGUAGCAAAGUCCUGGGCUGUAGCAAGUGAGGACUUGCUCCUAUGUAACAGCCGUGGACACAGAAACAAAAGAAGGACACUGCUUAUCCUUAGAAGACCUCAAGCUGAGAGGGAUCUCCAGCAAGAUGCUUCACCUCACUGCCAACUCUUAGAUGAAGUCUGGGAAGUGGUGGAUCCUGGCUGCACCUCUUCCACUCACUCAGAUGCAUUGCAUUGCAUGCAGCUAAGCUCCCCUGGGUUGGUCCUGCCUUCCCACCAGGUGCUUAAUUACUGUUUCAAGCCAUGACUUAGCAUUUCCACUACAGGAACUGUCCUUUCUAAAGGCUAUUACACAUAUUGGAGAUUCUGAAAUAAAUUUAUUCAUAUUGCUAUUGCCACUGUCCACCAAAUAUAAAACAUAGAGCUGUUCCACUGGCUCUAAGUGAACACUUUGAUGCAGUACAUGAAGGCCUGACAAAGAAACCUAACUUUAUUCCACCUUUUCACAGAAUCCUUAUUCUAGAUUUCCAUGAAUUAAAGCUGACUGUUCUCAAAGCUGGGUAACAUCUCUGCUGCUUCUCUAACAGAUGUGCAAAGCUGAGAACAGCUGUCAAAAGUAAGAACUAAGCUUUGAAAAUACCAGAAUGAUGGACAUGGUAGGCGGACAGAGUAACCCUUGAAAUGAAAGCAUGACUAACAUGAAAAUCACAGUAAUAAAGAAUCUGAGAAAUCAGGGUGUUGAAUAAUCAAAGUAGAGUUUAUUUCAGAAAUAUCAAAACUACGCUCAAGAAAGCAAAGUAUUAGACACCUUCAGUUACUGCAGAAGCAAUAAAA